GUUGACCUAGGUCACGUGACGUCACAUAUGUUAAUAAGUACCAAGCAAUAUGGAGGACAGAUAUGUGUGAGAGUGUCUUAAACUAAAAAGUUUAGAUGAAAUAUGCCAGAAAGAGGAAACGGGGACCUUCCCCUGCCCGAGGGAUGGGAAAAAGCGGUUGAUUACGAUGGAAAAAGCUUCUUCAUUGAUCAUAUUAACCGAAGAACGACAUGGAUUGACCCUCGUGACAGGUAUACGAAACCCCAGACAUUUGCUGAUUGUGUAGGGGAUGAGUUACCCCUAGGAUGGGAGGAAGCUUGUGAUCCUAAUGUUGGCAUUUAUUACAUAAACCAUAUAAACCAAUCAAACCAGCUUGAAGAUCCUCGAGUACAAUGGAGGCAAGAACAAGAACAUAUGCUCAAAGAGUAUCUUGUUACUGCGCAAGAAGAUUUGGAGGCAAAAAAAGAAAUCUAUUCAAUCAAAGAGCAGCGCCUUAUGUUGGCCCAGGAUGAGUUCCAACAUUUGAAUGAUACCUUGUCAGGGUGGAAGUCUUCAAGGACUAGCUUGAAUUCAAAUUCAAGCGUCGGCAGCACAAAGUAUGACCCUGACCUUUUAAAACAAGAUGUGAAUUUGGCUAAGAGUCGGGUGGCGAGGUUGAAGAGAGAGCUAGAGCAGAUAGGUACAGAAAUGGCAUACAAGGAGAGAGGUGUGGAGACUCUUUCAACUGUUGGUCAGAAGCUGGAGUCUAUAUCAGGUGGCUAUAGCCUGGAGGAAGCUCAAAGGAUAUUAUCUGAGAUCCGCCAGCUGCAGACUGAAAUGUCUCAUGGGGAGAAGGAGAAGAAAGACCUCAUGCAGUCUCUUGUCAGACUGAAGGAAGAUCUGAUGCGAAGAGCCAGUGGGUCCUCCCCUGAUGUGUCGACCUUAUCUCUGGCCCAGGACAGGCUGGACAUGGCCUCUCAAACAGACCUAAGAGGAGAGUUUGGAUUGAACCAUUCCCGACUGCUGGCUGAGAAGACAAGAAUGAGACUGCAAUAUGAUGAAGCCCAGAAAAAAAUGGGAGAGCUUAAGUUUCGUUUGGCCAACAUUGAAGACAAAAUGUUGCCAGGUCAGCCAGAGUCAGACCGUGACAGGUUGUUAUUGCUGCAAGAAAAAGAGCAACUGUUAAGAGAGUUGCGCAGCAUUGACCCUAAAGGUCGCAGUGAGGAUGAGAUGUUGACAGUUCGACAAAGAAUAAAUAAACUUGAGCAUGAUCUCAGACAUGCCCAAGAAAUUUCUAAUAAACAAAUUCAACAGAGGAUAACUUUACAUGAUGAGAAGGCUUCCAUCUUACACCAGCUGUCUGAGACAACUAAACUAACUUCCUACCUGGAGUCACAGCUCAGAAGCCUGUCCCUGAGCACCUUGUCUGUCUCCUCCGGGUCCAGCCUCGGCUCUCUUGGGUCACUCUCUGCUGGUAGUCGAGGCUCCCUCAACUCGUUAUCCACCAUGGAUAUUUACAAUGCUGGCCAGAUGACUGGAUCAUCAGGGGAGGUUAACCUGCAAGAGUUACAUCAGCGAGUAGAGAAGCUUCUUCAAGGUCACAGCAUGUCCCCCAUCCAUGAGACUUUGACCAUACUCCCACAGGAUGAUGUGACUGAGGCCGCCACAUCAAAUUACAUGCAGUCUGUCCUGCUGGGCACCCACGAGCUGACAGACAACAGCAACAACAUGCUGUCCAACAGCCACCCUGGCCUGGCUGGCAUCCUCAACAACAAUGGACUUAUCACUAACAGUUUACUCAGUGCUAUUUCUAACCAUGGAUCUGUUGUGUCUUCUAAAUCAUCCCUUACAACAUCGUCAGCCUCCCCACCGGUGUCCCCGCUUUACGGCUUCGGCCCGCCCCCCAGCUACGAGCAACACAUGAGUGCAUUAGAACAACGCCACGUCCCCUUCCAGCAGCUGUUGCAGCACCAGCACCAGAUGCACCCUGUUAACGGCAGCCCUGCUGUCACGGACAACUUGAAAUGGCUUGUGGGUUCUGGGGCAUCAAACUUGGAGCAAUCAAAACAGACUGAACUUUCUCCACUCAUAAACCCGUUUAGCAAUGUAAAUACUAUGCAAAUGACUGGUCAUGUGCCUCAAGAUAUUUUAAAGACAAACUUUAGUGAUCCUUGCUUUGCCUCUAGUUUAUCAACGGAGACGAGUUCUGGUUUAGAUAACAGUAGUCAUACACAGCACCAGACGUUAGUAAACCAGAAUACCAGCACAAGCGAGGGCCACGCCCCAGCACCUGCUUACAUCUCCCGGCACUCCCAGAAUGUUGAGUCUAUGGUGAACCCCCCAUUGAGUCCCAUCAGUGAGAGCAGUUCUGGGGUUGGCAACAACCUGUCUGGUGGCAACACCAGGAGUGUGUCUGCGGCUGUCAGUGACGAGUCUGUUGCUGGAGACAGUGGAGUCUUUGAGGCCUCUGUUAAAAGAACAGGUUAUAUUGACAAAGUAUUGGAAAGCAAUCUGGAAAGUGCACAAAUACAAAUCAAACUUAAAUAUGAAGGAUUGGAUCACCAGCUGAUAGUUGGCAUUGAGCAGGGGCGUAACCUUAGUGUUUUACCCUUCCCUAAAGACAGCAGUGUGUUUAUCAAAGCAGCCUUGCUGCCUAUCCAGACAAGUUGCAUGUCCACAAAACCCCUGGCAGACACCAAAUCUCCCAAGUUUUCUGAGACAUUCAGCUUCUCCAUCCCAGAACACAAGCUUUACUCCAAAACCCUCCAGGUGCAUGUCUGGAGCCUCAGCCCAGAGAAGAAAGAGGAGUGUUUAGGUUGUGCGCAGGUUAGCCUUGCAGACUUUGACCCUCUGUCCGUCUCUAUACAUUGGUACAAUGUGUUGAGCUUCCGUUUCAUGCAGUCAGAGAUGAAGGCUCAGGGGACGACCUUGCCUAGUGUAAGUGGACACUCACAGCCAUCCUCCAGCAGUAGUUCAGAAGAUCCUAAACUAACUUUACUUCAAUCCAAACAGAAAGAAACACAGGACAGAAUUCAUCAGUUACUUGAAGCUUCAUCUGCUAAGCUGCGACAAGCAACAGUAAACGAUGAUCAGUCCUCAGACUCUGGAAGAAGGGACUCAACCAAGUCUGCCCACCCAUUGAUUGUUUCUUUAAAAGAAGAGAGUAGUGACGAGUCCACCAUUAUUUCAUCUCAGACGUCCACCUUAACCAGGAACCAUGGCCCUGAGGACAUGAAAAAUCACAGAUUUGACAGCCCUCACAUACAGGAUGGGCUGGAUGAUGAUGACGAAGAUGAUGAUGAAGAGGAGGAAGAUGAAAAGGUUACAGAAUUUGAUCAAGACUAUGCUGAGAUGAUACAGGAGGUGUUGAAUGAACUGGCUGAGUCAGUGGAUCAUUACGAUGAUGAUGAGUUGACCGAGUCUGUGGAUGGUCAGCUGAACAUCAAGUGUGACAAGGAGACCAACACUGAAGUAGGGGAGUACAGGCUGCGUGAGAUUAGGGCCUCUCACCACCAUCACCAGCCACAGAGGCACGCCAGCACCCUGAGGAGCAGCACCAUAAGGCGCUCACAGACAUUCUCACCCACCUGCCGACAACAGCCUCCUGGUUAUGUCUGCAAGUUAAACCGCAGUGAUAGUGAUAGCUCAAUGCCUCUAUACAAGAAAACAACUUUCCAGAGAAAUACUAUGAGCAGGCGUAGUCUUCGUUGGAAAAGGGCGGAUGGUUCAAUAGCUAUAAUGCCUAUAUCAAGCCAGUUACCAUUCCGAACAUCCCUGGACUUGGAGUUGGACCUUCAGGCUUCCCACACUAGGCUGUCACACUUAAAUGAUGAAAUCACCAGGUUAAAAGAACUUAAGCGAACUUUGGAAGAUUCAAAAAACAAAGGAGAAUGGGAGUUGCCAGACUGGCUUUCUGAAAAUGAGAAAUUUCAUCGCCUCCUGACCAUGGCAGAAAAAUUGCACACAUCAGCCCCUGGGGAUAAAAAAGAAUACAUUUCCAAGCAAGAUAAAAGGGCAGAACACCUUAUGAGGAAAGUCACCAAGGAGGUGCAGAGGAUGAGGCAGGGCACACAGCAGUCCAGGUCUUUUAAUUUUAGGGAGAAGAUGGCAUUUUUUACCAGUGUCAACAUGGAUGUACCAGUGAUACCAACUGAGGUUCUCAAACCCGCUGCUCGUCUCCCAGCCAGAGAUGACCGGUCCCUGUCCUCCCAGACAAGAGAUGACCGGCCAUUGUCCAGUCACACAUCACGCUCAUCCUCAACUUCAUCCCUGCUGCAGAUGGCCUACAGCAGCCCCAGCCCACUGGACACCAGUACAUCAGCGCUUGCCCCGCCCAAACUGUCAGGGGCAGCUAACUCUGCACAGGUCAUGGAGAAUGGCCAGGAGAGUUACAGAACUUUAACAAAUCAAAAAGACCUUUUACCAUAUGCAGUCAAUGGGAUAUCAUCACCACUCACCAGAUUAACUGACACAUCAUUCUUAAACAAACUGGUCAUGAAUCAAAAACUGAUGACCACAAACUCCCCCCAGAACCAUGCACCUGUUACUAGUGAUACAACGAGAAGUAUUGAUCAAACCAUUGGUUCAUUUUUCUUGGAUAAUCGCAUUGGUGAAGAAGUAUGAGUCAGAUGGAGACUUGAGAUAAAUCAUCUGCACCUGGUCAUGUCUACCCUAGACAGCCCAAGGAUACUUUCGCUGCAAUUCUGACAGUAGUGUUUGGGAUCUACUUCCUGCAGAGUAGAGACAGCGGUUCAUUGGUCAGUCUGUUAGUAAAGACAGCAGUUCAUUAAUCUACUGCUGUACUCUCAUGGAUGUGCUGUAAGUCAUGUACAAUGACUAGAGUUGUUCAGUUUGUUACCGUCAUGUACAGUGAACAGGUCUAUUGUUUACUUAUCACUAUCAUCUACAGUCAACAGUUAUAUUAAGAAGUCACCCUCAUGUACCAUUUUUUAGGCUUGUCAUCUACAUUUCACGGUUCC